CGGGCGCCCGGUUGCAUGGAGCCUUGGGGCGUUCUGCGCCUCUGGCCCCCCGUAGGUCCCUGGGACCCGGUGUUCGGGUCGCCAGCCAUGGAGCGAUGCAGCCGCUGCCAUCGCCUCCUCCUGCUGGUACCGCUGGUGCUGGGGCUGAGCGUGGUCCCCGCCAGGGCAGGUACACCGCCUGUGGAUGUGCUCCGGGCCCUGAGGUUCCCCUCCCUUCCUGAUGGCGUCCGGAGGGCAAGAGGCAUCUGUCCAGCUGAUGUGGCCUACCGAGUAUCCCGUCCUGCCCAGCUCAGUGCACCCACCCGCCAGCUCUUCCCAGGAGGUUUUCCCAAAGAUUUCUCAUUGCUGACUGCUGUCCGGACCCGCCCUGGCCUCCAGGCUCCCCUCCUGACUCUCUACAGUGCCCAGGGUGUCCAACAGCUGGGCCUGGAGCUUGGCCGACCAUUCCGCUUCCUGUAUGAGGACCAGACUGGACAGCCUCAACCCCCAGCUCAGCCAGUCUUCAGAGGCCUCAGCCUAGCAGAUGGCAAGUGGCACCGUGUGGCUGUGGCUGUGAAGGGCCAGUCUGUCACCCUCAUAGUUGACUGCAAGAAGCGUGUCACCCGGCCUCUCCCCCGAAGUGCUCGCCCACUGUUGGACACUCAUGGAGUGAUUAUCUUUGGUGCCCGCAUCCUGGAUGAAGAAGUGUUUGAGGGUGACAUCCAGGAGCUUGUCAUUGCCCCAGGGGUGCAAGCUGCCUACGAAUCCUGUGAACAGAAGGAGCUGGAGUGUGAAGGAACUUGGAGGGAGAGACCUCAGAAACAACAGUCUCGCAGGGCCCAGAGAUCUCCAAAGCAGCAGCCAUCAAGACUUCAUAGGCCACAAAACCAGGAACCUCAGCGACAGCCCACUGAGUCUUUCUACUAUGACUACGAGACCCCUUAUUACGAUGUGAUGACUGCAGGGACGACCCCUGAUUAUCAGGACCCCACCCCAGGUGAAGAGGAAGGAAUCCUGGAAUCGAGCCCCUUGCCACCCCCUGAGGAGCCGACAGGUUCCUGACAGAGGAAUAUGGGGAGGGUGGCACAGACCCCCCAGCAGGGCCCUACGAUUACACCUAUGGCUAUGGGGACGAUUAUCGUGAGGAGACGGAACUUGGCCCUGCCC